UAUCUGAGGAAUCAAAGACUCACAUUGGCCAUAUCGAUACCAACACCAUCUCAUCAAAAUCUCAUUCUCAUAUUCAAAUCAAUCGUUGUUUUUUUUCUGACACUUAAGAGAAUUUCUUCUUCUAAAAAUACCUAUAAUGUCUAGGAUUCAUCCAGAUCUGAAUCGAUUCCAAGACUUGUUUGAGAAAGUGAAAGACAAUGAUAAUCAAUUUCAAAAUCAAUAUCGAAUUGAUAAUAGUAAUAGUGGAAGUGAUGAUCAAGUGUUGACUGUGUGGAAGAGAUCGAGCAUGAGUUUUCAAGGGACCGAUGGAUUCACGGUUUUCGAUAGUAGCAGUGGACGAUUGGUUUUCCGAGUAGAUAACUAUUCCAGGAAGGAUCGCUUUGGAUGCAGAGGAGGACUAGGGCUUGUCCUCAUGGAUGGAUCUGGAAAAGCUUUGCUUACCUUGAAACCCCAGGCACAGAUAUUGAGCAUGCAAAAUGUGUGGAAUGGAUAUGGAGGAGAAGCAGGAGGACACAGUGGAAGAAGCCUAAAGUCCAGAGAAUUGUUGUUCACGAUGAGAAGGCGAUCAUCUGUCACCACAACCACCACUGUCACCAAGGAAUGCGAAGCAGAAGUCUUCAUUGGCGGUGAUGGAGGAGCCAAGAGUCGUAAAUCAACACCGGAUUUCAGGGUUGAGGGAUCGUUUAGAAGGCGAAAUUGCAAGAUCAUCAAGUGCAGUUCUGGUGGCGAUGGAGUGGUGGUUGCAAAAAUCGAGAGGAAGAGAGUGAAGAACUCAACAAUGUUGUUGAGCGAUGAUGUGUUCAGUCUGGUGGUGAAACCGGGCUUCGAAACUCAGCUCCUGAUGGCCUUUGUAAUUAUUCUAGAUCGUAUCUGUCCUAAUAAGCCUUUCACUCCUCUUUUGUGUUCUCAUUAAUCAAUCUAUGUAUACCUCAACAGAAAUGUAUAUAUUUGUUGUUAUAGCUCAUGAGAUAAUUCGAUA